AUGGCCUCUUCGGUUAGAUAUCAAUAUACCCCAUCUUUGGCCGCCGCAGUCAUUUUUAUCAUUCUUUUCGGGCUUUCGAGUUUGAGUCAUAUCUUUCAGUUGAUCAAGUACCGAACAUGGUACUUUAUACCAUUCUUGCUCGGCUGCCUUUUUGAAACCGUCGGAUACAUUGGAAGGGGGUUGUCCGCAACUGAAUCUCCCAAUUGGACACUUCCCCCAUAUAUCAUCCAGGCGCUUCUGCUCCUUCUCGCGCCAGCACUAUUCUCAGCCUCGAUCUACAUGAUCUUGGGGCGAUUGAUUCGACUUCUCGAUGGCGAGAAAUUUUCAGUAAUUAGGACAAAGUGGAUGACGGCAUUCUUCUUACUCGGAGACAUCGCCUCUUUUCUUGGACAGGCAAUGGGUGCCAGUAAACUAAAAGACGCAACUACGUCAAGCGAGAGGGAUCAAGCCCAGUGGAUCAUCAUUGUCGCGCUGUUGGUGCAAAUCGCAUUUUUCGGGUUCUUUCUAGUCGUGGCGGGUAUCUUUCACCGUCGCAUCAUGAAGAACCCGACUACGCGAUCAUUCAGCAUCACACAACCUUGGAGACAAUGUCUUCUCGUCCUCUACUGUGCAGGAAUAUUCAUCAUGGUGCGAUCAGUCUUUCGGGUCCUUGAAUAUUCCAUGGGAAAGGACGGGGAACUCCAGUCGAAAGAGAUUUACCUCUAUAUAUUUGACGCGACUCUUAUGAUUAUUGUGUCGAUUGGGUUCAAUAUUUUCCAUCCGAGCAGAACUAUUUCCGAUCAAACGGUCGAUUGUCUCCCGCUUUCAAGCUCCACCAUUCAGCUAGAGGUCCGAAAGUAG